AGUGUUCCAGCGUUGCACAAGUACACUUAAUUUUGCAUCGAUUUUUUGUCGAAUUACGCAUUUUCGCUGCCCAUUCUACAACGUACCAAAAGUUCUCAGUAUAUUAAAAGCUUUUUUGCGCUUCGAAUGGAAGCUUAGAAUUAUUAUGGUCGGUUGUCUACCGAUUUCCAUUUAUACUUGAACGUGUGUUACUCUGUUAGGUUAACCGCAUUUCAUUGUAGAAAUCUCUAGUUGCUGUUUCCAUGGGCAUACGAUGUAGAGGUUGGGCAUAUUGUACCACCUGGUGGCUGUGACCUUCCAUGUUGGAACUGCAGACGAACUCGAACAAUGAUUUAAUUGUGCGUUUCUUCAUAUGGAAUUAAUUUGCUCGCGAGUCUUUAGAUACUGAAUUUCAUUGUCGACAUCCUUGCCUCGGUAAAACUAAGUUCUGUGUGUUACAGCAUUGUAAUAGCAUGGUUGCUGACUAGGCAACAGGUUCUCAAAAGCCGUCAGUUGUUCGGUGACAGUAGAGUUGUUCCUCAAGUGAAUCAGUUGUGGUAAGCCACAAAACAAAGCAAGGCAAACGUUUACUUUAUUGAAAGGUGCGCACACAUUUCAGCGUCGCAUGAUCAUCAAUGGCUGAACAACGCAUGACACUAUUAUCAAUAGAAUCAUUCUUUCGUUUCGGUUCUGUUCAGAGGUUGUCGUAAUAAUAAUUUAGAAUCGACUGAUAUAUGUAGGAAAUAGGACGUCUAAUGAAACGAAGUUAUAACCAAUGCUAUCUCUAAAAUAUAUUUACUCAUCGAUUUUUUUUAUUCAAGUACUGCUAAUAAAAAUUCUAUCUCUUACGAACACCAGCUUGUUCCUCGAAGCGCACAUGAAAACAACUUGAAGCAUCAAAGUAUAUGAAAUUAAAGUAACGAAUAUGUUGGAUGUAUGUUAAGCUUUAUCGCCUAUGCCUUUCAAAAUUAUAAAAAUAAAAUUAUAAAACCUUACAAAAAUAUGUAUAAAAAUAGUGUCGCAACAUCCGUUAUUAGCUAAUUAAAUGGCCUUCUUACUGUGCACGCAACUUUUAGUUAGGUCCACAUAAAACAUAAUUCCGUCAAGGUGCCUUUACACAAUUCGUGUAUUUAGAGAAAGCUGUUUGAAUGGCAGAGCUCGUAAUUUUUUUACAGAAAUUAACUAAUAGAUGAUAUUAUUAAAUAAUAAACAAUAUAUCUUUGAGCACAGACGGAACUUAUUAUUAGCCAAUUUCAUGGGUAACAAUCCUUUUACUGAAUCAUUUGGUCUUGACAUUUUGUAAGAUUAAUCUUAUCGAGCCGUAAUUCAAAAAGUAAGUGAAAAAAAUAAUGACCAUAUGUAUAUUUUACUUUAUAUAAGUAAAAUAUACGUAUGCUCGUCUAAAGGGGUAGUUUAGUGUUCUGAUAUGCCAUUCAGCGCGUCAUUACUUGAUUAACAGCAAGAUGGAAUCAAUUAUGUGAAGUGACCAACGUUUAGAUGAUCUAUCUGCCGUGAAGGCAGAACCGCACGUAAACAAAGCCUCUAUUUCCUAACUGCCUUUGUGUUUCAGUAAUGUCUGCUGAAUCGUAUUUGUGCAGGCUAAAAUUUUGUUUUUUGGUUAAUCCUUGAGGCUCAUGGUUGCUCCCAGCUAGCAUUUCAGGUGAUAACCCAUAUUUACCUUCCUCUUUUAGUUUGUUUAACAGCCAAGCGAAAACAAAGAUAUUGCCAUUGAGGGAUUUUAAUGCUAACAAAGAAGAAUACGAGUUUUUUGCUACGUAGAUAUUUCACCGUAAGCUCGGUAUUGCCGCAGGCAACUGGCUCUCAACAAAUGUAUACUGAUUCCUACAAUCCGUUGUCUAUCAAUAAAAAGCAUACACAAAAGCCAUUCAAAUGUUGAACAAAAAUAGUAUUGGAUACAUCUUUAAGCAUCUUCUUUUAGAUUACCUAUCCUGGAAUACUGUAAUGCCAUUUGAAGAUAUAAUGGAUGAGCAGUUUGUAAAAUUAAGUGCUUUUGCUAGCUAUAUAAUCUUUUUAGAACAAGAUUUAGGUUGGCAUUUAUCUGAUGGAAUGAAAAAAGUGCUCUUUAGAGAAACCUGUUAACGAUUGCGGCUAACAAAAGCUUCAGUGCAGGCUCCCCUACGGCCCAUAUAAUGUGAUGCUGCCUAGCGUUCGCAUCCGCACUAACAGUGGCCUUACAGAAAUGUACCAGGUGCGCCCAAUGUCGUUCUCGAUUUCGAUCGACGGGUGUUACCAGGGUGUUGCGCUCCUGCGGUGGUAAGACGUCGGUGCGCUGAAGCCCAAAGUAGGCUGCGUCAUACGGAUACGCGUUACGAACUGGGUAGAAGAGAGCCUACCAAAGACAGCUUCGAGGAUUCCUCCAGCUGGUAGUCAACGAAGUCGAUCGGAUUUUCUACAACAUCAAGGCUAAUAUUUAUUUUCGGUCGUUUAUUGAAAAAAGAAGUGGCAAUUCUAGGAUUGGCGCUGUUUAAGCGGUUUAACGACAAUCAUGCCGGACCCCCCAUCUUCUUUGGCGACCACCUCGGAAUCCUCAGCAGGCGAUGAUUACUUGGUCGUUGUGGUUCGCGCACCUAAUCAGGAAACGCAGGAUUUCCGAGUAGAGUGCCCUCAAACAUGGAGCGUCCUUCGUCUUAAAUUACAUCUUCAGCAAAGCUAUCAAGGCAACCCGGUGCCGGCAGAUCAGAAGUUAAUUUAUUCGGGACAACUACUUGAAGACAACUUGCUUCUUCGUGAGAUCCUUCGACAAGAUGGGUCUUGCUCACAACACACCGUUCAUUUAGUUUGUCGACCCCCGCAAGGCACGUCAUUGAAUGACAACACAUCAGGGAGCCGAUCUCGUUCAUCGGUUCCCGGACAACAUGUUUCUAACGAGUCAAUUCAAGAGCAAGUACUUGCCACAACCGGUGUUGCCGCUGAAGGUGUUAAUGAACUUCGGUAUCGAGGGCCAAUGAUCCAAUAUGAGAUGGAGUCUCUCCGACCGGACGUCUAUUCGGCCCACGUGCUUGCUCUGCAGAACCUGUAUGCUCAAUACUAUCAACAACUAGUUGCUCAUCAACAAGCCAUUAUUUUGGGAUCUAGUCCCGCCCCCUCGAUUCGCUAUAGUUUCAAUCCGCACGCGUUUCAGUUAGGCCAGCAACAACAACAUUUAUUGGCCCAGAUAGCUGCCGCCGCAUCGGGUGCCAGUCAGGUGACCUUAAACAAUAACGUCAACAACGUUACUGGUAUACAACAACAGCUCAACAACAACAAUAACCAGAACAAUAACAACAAUAACAAUAAUAAUGGUAAUAAUGUGAAUAAUCAACGAGCCAAUGAUGAGGAUGCUAAUGUAUGGGGAGCGGGAAACGCAAAUCGUGAUUGGCUUGAUGUUAUGUAUGUAGCCAUCCGAGCCGCUGUGUUCGCUACCUUCGUUUACUUUUAUUCGUCGUUGGAACGUUUUGUCCUUGUCACAGGGUUAGGUAUGUUGCUCUACCUUUACCAACAAGGUCUACUUGCACUACCUAACAUCCAACCGCAGGCUCCACAGCCACAGGCAGCGGCACCGCAACAACCGGUUGUGGUCGCCCCAGCUCAGGCUCAACAACAACAAGCAGCAGCAAAUCCACCACAGCAGCCAGCGGCCGAUGUGCAAGCAGCACCGCUUGUUGCUGAUCGAGACGGCGCGCAUGUGGAGAACAAUAAUCCUGCUGCAGCUCAACAGCAAAGAGAAGAUAUUGAGAGACUUCAGGCAGCGAUGGACGGUGAGAAUCCGCGCGCGAUGGGUGGUGAUGGCCCAGCUGUUGCUGCCGCUUCAAACGCCACUCCGCCCCAGAGUCCACUUGCAGCAGCAGCCAGUCUUUUGCACGCCUUUCUCGUCAGUCUAAUUCCUGAUAACAACAAUGCGCCGCAACAAUAGGUACGGAGUAAAGCAAAAGUACUCCUUUGUAUCUGUCUACUGUAGCCUGUAUUUCUACAAAUCGCGAUCCCAACACUCAAAAUGCAAAUUAGAGGUGGCUGGAGACAAGAAAGAAAAGUCUAGCGCCAACCUAUGGGGCACCAAUAGUUGUCAACUGUUGAGCAUUCGCUGACAUCACUGUGCGGUUUUUGCACUAUCUAACAAACUGUGUACCCUGACCUAAUUAGGAAAUAAAAUCAAGAUGAAAUGACCAUCUAGUAGGGUACAAUGACUUGAGAAGUUACAAGGCCUAAAGACAAGGAACGACAUUUAGAGAUUCAGCAUGAUGAGGAGGUUGGUUGGAUGUGGAAAGAAAUUCUUUUACUGCAUUAAGUUAUUAGGAACCUGGCCGUUGCAACAUGUAUGUAACAAUUCGUAACUACAUUGUCGUGAUGAUACGACGUUGUUGUAGUCCUCGUAAUGACAGCGAGAGAGAAAAAGCUUAUUUGCAAGAUUCAAAAGUGUUGCUCCUGUUAUAUGGACGAAAAAAGCAAAGAUUAGUGUGCACGACGCAGAGCGAGAGAUAUAAAGAGAUAUCAUAAAAGCAGUACUUGUAGUAGUAGUAGUAAUAAUAUGAUGAUGAUAAUGGAAAUAAUAAUGACGAAGAUGAUAACAGUAAUAAUAAUAACGAAAGUUACCGCUGGUGACGGUUAAGUGUGAUGUGCACAUGCUAAUGAGAUGUGGAUAGUGCAUAUACCAGUAAAAUUAUUAUUGUUGAUAAUGAUAACAGGGAUAGGAGUUAGAAGAAUGGGUCAUGAACAAAUUGCAUGGAUGUCGGAGGGGUUAGAAAACUACCUAAUUACUGCAUGAAAGGCGGCGAAUAUGCAAAAAAAGGUAUCGUGAAAAACUGUUUCUGCAACAACUGCUGAUAGUCAACCACUGUCGUUCGCUGUGUUUUAUAAUUGAGGCGUGCAGGCUCGUGUGUGAACGCCUGUAUGUGAGAUAAUUAAUCAGAUGAGUGGUUAGCAGAUAAUGUAUUAACCGCUAUCAUUGGUCAUAAGGACACUAGAGAUAAGGAUCUCUUCUACCACUUUCGAUAGCUACAAGAGUAUUUGCCGAGUAGACCAAGUGUUCAUUUUUUGGUCGUUUUUUUUUGUCUGGAAGACCGACGCCUCGUAUUCAGUCGUUUUAGGACCUUUCGUCCCUAAUGGUUAAUUUUUAGGUAGCCGAUAAUAUCACCUCAGUAAUUAUUCACGGAUAUGUGGUAUUGGCAGGAGAUCUGUAUCUUAAUUACAGAGCUUCUCUACGCAUGAUAAACAUCGUAUCAAAGUGCUUAAGAAAUAUGAUGUAUGAUUUUUUGCAUCUAGGUUAUAAAGUAGAAAAUUCUUCAACUACACCGCCCCCUUAACUGAUGUUUUUUAGAAGAACAUCGAAGUUAAAUUAUAUAGCAGGGAUUUGAGCAAUGCUGCUUUGCAUAUCUAUUUCUACUUCAGAGAAAAAUAGCACUUAUAGACGCAAUUACGAAUAGAAAAAAAUGUCAAACAAGUUGACAAGGGCUGGUUGGAGAAGAUGCUUUUUAUUAAUACGCGAUCUAAUGCAAACGAUCUGGCUUAUCGUAAUCUAAUGUAUGGCAACAUAACGCCCUGCAAACCUCGAUGUUCAGAUGUAUGAACACGCGCUUUAAGACGGUAUGCGCUGGAGCUUAUUUAAUACAGUUAUAUCGUAGCAAACAACUCGUGAAAGAAUGCCUUUAAAAGUUCUUUUUUUUCAAUUAGAAACUUCAUAAAUCAAGCAGCCAUAUGAAUAUUGAAAAAAACUUUAUUGCCCAGAUAGCUAGCACGUGACUUCUCCAUAAAUUUUUUUCGAGAAAAAAAAAUUUCGAAAUAAGACUUUGAAGCCGGUUGCUUUGCUUUUAGUGUAAAUGCACCCCCAAAAACACUCAUUAAAUAUGAAAAUCCGGAACAUAAUAGAUGGAAAUAAUCUAUUUUCUAGUCGACUUCAAUGCGGCAUCGGUCGCGUUAUUAUUGUGAUAUAUGCUGAUAUAACAUGACAUAUGGUAAAAAAAACAGAAAAAAAAUAUAGGCGAAAUGAAUAAUUAGAGGGAGAUAGAAAAAUAGAAUGUGACAGCAUGAACUCUUACUUGAUAUAACUGUUACCGAAAGUAAUACUAAACACGAAACUAUUGACAAGAUCAGCCGUACUAUUGUUCAGUUUAAUAACAUUUCUAAUUGUUGCACCAAGAGAUUGUUAUCAA